AUGGCAGCGACCAUCGAGCGGCUCGCCCCGCCCCGACCCAAAAUGGCGGCGAGCUCGGCUUCCUUUGCCCCAAGGCAGCAUGGAGGCGAGAGCGGAGGGAAGCGAGGGUGUGGUCACGACGUGUGGUGCCGCUUCGUGGUGGGCACGGGCGGCCUGGGCGGCGACGAGCUGCGCGGCCUGGAGCUGGAGCAGAGCCGCCACCGCGACCUGCUGCUGCUGCCCGAGCUGCGCGAUUCCUACGAGAACCUGACGGCCAAGAUCCUGGCCAUGUACGUGUGGCUCGACCUGCACCUGGACUUCCGCUUCGUCCUCAAGGCCGACGACGACACCUUCCUGCGCGGCCUGGAGCUGGAGCAGAGCCGCCACCGCGACCUGCUGCUGCUGCCCGAGCUGCGCGAUUCCUACGAGAACCUGACGGCCAAGAUCCUGGCCAUGUACGUGUGGCUCGACCUGCACCUGGACUUCCGCUUCGUCCUCAAGGCCGACGACGACACCUUCGUGCGCCUGGACGUGCUGGUGGAGGAGCUGAGGGCCAAGGAGCCGCGGCGCCUCUACUGGGGCUUCUUUUCCGGGCGCGGCCGGGUCAAGUCCGGUGGCAAGUGGAAGGAGAGCGCCUGGGUCCUCUGUGACUAUUACCUGCCUUACGCCCUGGGGGGCGGCUACGUGCUCUCCGCAGACCUGGUGCGCUACCUGCGCCUCAGCCGCGAGUAUCUGAACCUGUGGCAGAGCGAGGACGUCUCCCUCGGCGCCUGGCUGGCCCCCGUGGAGGUGAAGAGGGUGCACGACCCUCGUUUCGACACCGAGUACAAGUCGCGCGGCUGCAACAAUAAGUACGUGGUCACCCACAAGCAGAGCAUCGAGGACAUGCUCGAGAAGCACCAGACACUGGCCAAAGAAGGGAAGCUUUGCAAGGAGGAGGUUAAGCUGCGGCUCUCCUACAUGUAUGACUGGGGGGUCCCUCCUUCGCAGUGUUGCCAGAGGAAAGACGGCAUCCCUUGAAUGUUUUGGGAGAAGGGCAGACUCUGAGCUGGUUCUCCGUUACAGGGCCCGCUGGAAGUUGGGCUUGAAAAGUAUUCAGUUUGCACAAAUUGUACGUGGAGACCAACAUAACCCUGAAAUUUUUAAGAAAUACAAAAAUCCAGAAAUGGGGGGGGAUGGGAAAGGGUGAUAGGAUGGAAACCAAAUGCGAAGAACAUGUCGUGGGGAUAACUUGAAUGCAGGGCAGCUUGAAAGACCUUUGACUGACUCCAGCAUUUGUUUGCUGGAGAACACCUCAGGCCUUCACACCAUCCGCAAGAUUUGAAACCAAUGCCUGCUAUUCAUUCUUUGCAGGGAACAAGCGUCAUCUGGCUGAGCCUGUUGGCAACGUUUGAAGACUGAUAAUGGGAUCACAGAUCUGAUCAGUGGGAACAGCUGGCUGAUAGAGGCAUGGCAUUUAAGAAUAGGAAAAUCUGUCAGAUUUUGCAGUGUUUACGUUGGCAUUGGGGGUUGCCUAAUGUUUGGACAGGGCUCUUAUCUGCAAGAUCUGAAUUGUUAGAAGACUGGCAACUUCUCUCUGAAUUUAAUCCUUUAAACCAUUUUUUUUUUUAAACAUGAUGAUGUACUUACUAUGUGACCUGAACUGUGUGGCAGCUACAAAAUAGAUCUGUGUUUGGAAGGGAGUAUGUAUUAUGCCAUUUUGCGUAUAUACUAGGGUACAUUAUCAACCUUAUUUUGGAGGCUAACACUCGGUUACUGGGAUUAAAUGCUGCUCUUAUUAUAUUCUCCAAGCACAUUGUAUGAACUAGUUUUAACUACCUUUUCUUUUUUUCUUUUUUUUACAAGAAAAAACCCAUUGAUGAGUACGGUCUUGCAAGGGUUAGCCAGAUUCGAAUCUCAGUGUCUCAGACGGGAAGUACAAAACCACCAGGCUAUUUGGACUAACUUUAAAUAUAAUUCUGCAAAAAAAUAAGUAGAUCCAAUGUUGGUUAUUCACAUGGUAUCUCACGGGGAUUUAUUUUUACCUUUCUCUCUAGUCCUGUCUACGCUACAAUUGAAUUUAUUGCUGACAAGGGUCCAGGGUUGAAAAUUAAUUUCUCCACCAGUAUAGAUGGGAUGUUUCUGCACGUUGAUGGAGCUCAUUUUUCAUAGGAGUAAUUCCAGCACAUAUGACCUUUUUUUUCUGUACGUUUUUUAGCUGUGCGAGUAAUCCGGACGUUCUGUAAUGGUUCUGAAAAUGUUACUAUCGGUGCACACAAUUACACCAUUUGCAGCACUAGCUCUGAGGGGCUUCUCUUUAACAGCCUUUGUCAGCAACACAUCUCUUUCCUAGUAUAGACAGAGCUUUAAUGUUUAUGCCUGAAGGGCAUGUUCUCAGUGUCUGUCUCACUGUUCGUUGCACGCUGCACUUUCACGCUACUUCUUUCAUUUCCUUCUCUCCCUGGACCAGGGUCUAUCUGUCUCUCUCGCUCACCAGUGGAGGGAGACAUUAAACUUCAUAAAAUAGGAGCUCAUUCUAACCUCUUAAUAUCUUUGCUUUGUAGGCCUGUGAUUUAGUCAUUUAUACCAAAGGAAUCAAAAGUAUUUAUAAAUAAAAUCCUCUUUUUUUUUUAGUUUUGAGUAGCUUCCUAUGGAGGAUUAAGGAAAAGGACCUACUUAUUUACUUUGGGUAUUUCAACAGUGCAUUCUGUAACUUUCCCAUUAAAAGAUAAAUGAAUGAAGGCACUAAAAAUGUAAUUUAUUUUAGCUUUUGCAUGGUGACUUUGUCACACUGAUGUAGACAUGACCUUCGGUGGAAUAGAUUCCUGCAAAACAAAAUUUAAUCUGGUUGCAAGAAGUGUAAUUGGUUUCUAUACUACUUAAGUCUUUAUUUGCUCUUUGAGGUAAAUCAUUAUUGUACAGACAGCGUUUGUAAUUGUGAUUUAUUUAUUUAUAAAUAUUGUAAAUGUACUAUAUAUAGUAAAAAUGUAAGAUAGUUAAGUGUCAUCUUCUAUUUAAAAUUAUUUAAGGAAGGUCAACAAAUAACUUAUCAAGUGCUUGAAAUUUACUGAUAUAUACAGUUCAUUAUUUAAAAUUAUCAAGGUCUGAGUUGUAGACCCAAAAUGUACCGCAUGUCUCUCUCAAGCUAGUAACAAUGUACUAAUCGCCCAUUUGUCGAAAUAUCAAUUUUUAUGUACGUCUCUUGCAUUGUUGUUUCCCUCUCUCAUUUCAUUGUUUUCAUGGGGUGAUGAGAAUUUGAGCCACACAGGAGUAAAAAAUAAUUGUCAAAUCUCAUAUAAGAUUUAGCCAGCAGAACAGACAUGUACACACUGCUGUUUAAACAGAUUUUUUUUUCCUUCUGUAGAACACAGGGUCCAGCCAUGUACUUGAAAUUGAAAUAAAGUGCUCAAUCCUGCAAAGCAUUUACCAUAAAAGUCCCCCAAGUGAGAGAUUUUGCACAUCUAAACUUUUGCUUAAGUGCUGUGCAAGCUCACGUGAUCACUAUAUUUGAAAUGUGGGUCUUUAUUCUAACAUCAGUGUUCAGUGAUUUCGCUUUCACAGGUUCCUUUUAGCCUGGAAUAUUACCCAUGUGAUCCUGAGCUCAAAAAUGAAUUCUUUUUGAAGGUUUGACCUUUUUUUGGUGGUGUUCCAGAUUAUGUGGGAAGGGAGGGGAGGAGGAAGAAUCUUCUUGGUUUUGACCAGAAAAUCUGUACUUGGAAAAACUUCAAGUGCCUAAAGCUAUCACCCUUCUCUCCCCACCCCACCCCACCCCACCCCCCCCAUGACACCAACCCUCAGACUUUGUUUUAUUUUAUAUACUUCAUUAAGGUCUAACACUGUUACAUCUGUCCUUUUGUACAUGGGAUACUGCAUGUAGUGAAACGGGAAGUUUUCAAGACUUGCAGUCCAAAAUUUCAGUUCAGGGAGUUUAAGUCUUUUGAAAUGCUCCUGUCCUGUUGAGUCACUGGGGCAGAGGGCCUGCAGAGUUCAGCAAAGAGAACUGCUGACCAUCAUAAACCUGUUAUCCCACUAUAAUAAAGUAUUCCACUAAAACUUUGUUCACGUUUAAUUGUAGACAUAUGCCUUCAGAAGAGCAUCUAAGUGGAAAAACCUUGAACAGCAUGCCUACUGAAAGUUGUAACCCAGAGUAAAAGAAAGUCUGCUUCUGUGUACUGUAUAAGCAUCGAUGGCCACACAAAAAUGCAAUGCAUUACAAAGAUUUCUUUACUUAGGCAUUUGCAGGACAUUAACUGCCACUUGAAAACCCAGGCCUAGUGAAGUCACUGGCAGAAGUUUCACUGACUGCAGUAGAGCCAGUAUCUUAGCUGAGCACUUAAGCAGUAAUUGUGAUAAGUAAAACAUCUCCGUGAAUCCUUGGAGAAACUUUAUUGAAGUGGGUGGAAGUUUUGCCACUGACUUCAAUGGGAGAAAAUUCAGGAACAUAGUUUAUAUAAAGAGGGUUUUUUUUUCUAAUCUGAAUUUUGAUAGUGUUAAAGUGAUGUAGUUGUGAUGGUCCAGGAAAUAAGUGAGGGGCAAGAAUUUUUAUGGGAGAUACCUUUUAUUGGACAGCUGUAUGGUGGGUGGACUUGGACAAGGUUUCAGGUAUCACAGUAUCCUUCCUCAAAUAAGUCUAUUCGUACCACGUCGUUGGUUCAGUAAAAUAAUGAAACUUUCUUUCCUCUCACUGCUUUAAUUCACAUAAUGUAAAGACCGUUUUGAUUCCAUAACAGUAA